GCAGAGCAGUGCUUGCUGCCAUAUGUGAGAGGGGAAGUUCAGCAAAGGAGGGAGGGAUCAAGUUAACUAUCAGCAGUGCCACACAGCUCCACACAACUCACAGUCCGUUUCUCUGAUCACUCUGCAGGUGAAGAAUUCUCAAAUCAGGCAAGGGACACACACAACGCUGACUCAAUACUGACUCAAUACUGAGACCUCCCCAGACGUUGUUGUUGCAUGAAGGUGGAGUCAUUUAGAAGAGGAGAGGAAGAGAGAUGAGGGGAAAACAAGAGGAGCCGCACAACCAAAGAGGACAGAUGGAUUGUCUGACAAGCGCCUGGACUGAUCAACAUUCCUAUUUAAGUCUUGAAUCCUGUUUUUGCUCUUCAGAGUAGAAUCAGAAAAUGCUUUCGUGCACAUGUGGAGUCUAUUAGGCUCUGUGCAGGUAGAUGGUGGUGCGUACCAUUUUUAUAUAACUGGAACUGAAGGAUUUUCACAGUUUUUGGCAUCUUUUCUCCUCGGAUAGCAAAAGUUUUCUUUUGUCUUUAUUCCCUUUUUUUCCCCAUAAAUUGCUUGGAUAUAUAGGACUUUGGAACAACCAAGAUUGAUAUUUAAAAUAUCACAAGCAAUCGAAAGAAAACAACUACAUACAAGGAAAUCAGGAAAAAGUUGACUGAGGACUGUCUGAUAACAUCCAUAAACCUUUAAAUCUUUCUAGAAGAGGACUCCAGCUGAAAGUAUCUGCUUUGUACAAAGCAGUCUCUUGGAAAAUCUUGGAAUUUUGCGCAGGUGCUGUUGGAACUGGACUCUGCAGGGGGACCAUCGGACCGAGUCCAGACUGAGGAGGGCUUCCCUCCCUUCCCUCCCAGUCUAUCCUCGCCCCCAGCAGCAUGUCCCAGGCUCUGAGGCUGCCUCAAGUCCUCCUUACAGCACACUACCAUGAUCAGAUGGACUGCUGGAGGGAGUAAGGCUGCCUUUGCCGCGUUUUGCUCCAGGCCUGCGUUAGGGGCUCACUCUGGCUUCAGGGGAAGCGCCAAACAAAGGUCAUCGACACUGCUUUCCUCCCUUUUUCCUGUUGUGGUAACCCUGGUGGUUUUCUCCUUGUCCUUACCCAAGACUGCCUGCCAUCAGCUCGGCAGAGAUAGACUGAGGCCUAACAACCUCCAAACACCCAGGCUCCCACUGAAUAUCUCAGAGCCUGAGCUGAUACUUACUCCCAGGGCCACCAGGGGCCCCAGGAGUCGGACAGGAGGACAUCAGGGUAGGCAUGUGCGCAGCUACAACCACCUACAAGGGGAUGUACGCAGGAGAAAGCUGUUCUCUUUCCAGAAGUUUUUCCUGAGAAUCGACAAGAACGGGAAAGUUAAUGGAACGAAGAGCAAGGAUGACCCUUUCAGUAUUCUGGAAAUCACAUCUGUGGAAGUGGGAGUGGUGGCCAUCAAAGGCCUAAACAGCAACUACUAUCUGGCAAUCAGCAGGAAAGGAGAGCUGUACGGAGCGAGGGACUUUGAUGUGGACUGCAAACUGAAGGAGCGGAUUGAGGAGAACGGCUACAACACUUACGCAUCCGCUGAGUGGAAGAACAAGAAGCGGCAGAUGUUUGUGGGUCUCAACGUCCACGGGAGGCCGAUAAGAGGAAAGAAAACCCGGAGGAAGAACACAGCCACCCACUUCCUUCCAAUUAUGGUGUGAACUUGAGAGCCCACCUGGAGUGGGGAUAGAAACAUAUACAGCACUGGACAGAGAGGUUUUCAAUACUGGGCUAUAGUACUGAAAUAAAGACAUGGAUGGAGAAAUCUCUCAUUUAAAAAAAAAAAAAAGGCACUAACACUGUUCCACAAACAUACGGUCAUAUAUGCUUUGAUUGAGAUUGUGUACGUUCAUUGGGUGGGAGAGAGUGAUUUGUGUUUUAAGUGGCACCGAAUGCAAAAAGUUUAUCCUUUUAUUACCGUGCCAAACAGUUUACAGCUGCAGAACGUGUGUAAUGUGGACAAGACACAGGGGACUAUCCCAGCUAAAGAACUGUAAAACAUAUUCAAAGAAGUUACUUGUGAUAAGGAUUCACCAGCGAGACAGGAAACAGAGCAUAGCUAAACUGAAGCAGUGACUGGUCAGAUUAUCACAAACGCAUUGAAUAUUAGAGGACAACACACAUUUAAAGCAAAUGUUUGAUACUUAACCAUUGUGUUUUGACUGAAUUGUAAUGAUUUAUUUAUUUUGUGAGAUAUUUAACUGGAAGGGACACCAGCAUUUCUUUGCAUUCUACUUUUUAUAGGAUCUCUAUCAUGUGAAAAUAAAACUACCAGUUUCUCCUCUGCAA